CCAUAAUCCCCAGAUAUUAGACUUCCUGCAUACGCCCUCGACAGCUUUUCCCUCCAAACCAACUCCUCGUUUGGUCCAACAUCGCUAACAUUGUACCACUGCCCACGAGUCACAACUUUGUCCUCCUCGGGUCCGGAGUUCAAACGCUUUCCACUUUUGCUUUCUCGAAUUCACGACUCUCGUUUCAGUCUUCCUAGGACCAGCUCCUGUCAGCACGUCUUUCAACUUGACGCUGGCCAGUGCUGGAAGCCAUCUCUGCCUCCCCGAGCCCUACCGGUAACCGGUUUCUGAUAACUCUCCUCUAUGCCCGCCUAGCCAGUGUUCACCUCCUGGCGAUGGCCUUGACCAAACACCAGAUCAAUGUCCUCAUUGCCCUGGAGAGGACCGGUGCCUCUCUCUCCCUCAUCGGAAUAACUUUCAUCUUCCUCGCGUAUGGCCUGUCGAAGAAAGUCAGGACCAUCCCGAAUUUAUUUAUUCUCUUUGCCUCCAUUGCGAAUAUCGGGGCCAGUAUAGCCUGUCUGAUAGGACACGAUGGGAUUCUCAAAGGCGAGGAAUCUGUCCUGUGCCAGGCACAGUCUUUUCUCCUGGAAAUGUUCAUGCAGUCCGACCCCUGGUGGUCUCUCGCCAUGGCCGUCAAUGUUUUCCUCGUCUUCUUUUGCGGCGCCAACCCCUCCAUCUUCAAGAGUUUUCUUUGGCUCUACUGCAUUAUUUGCUUUGGCGGGCCGUUCAUCCCGGCGAUUGUUUUGCUGGUAGCUCGUCCCGGGGGCCAGCCUAUGUACGGCGACGCAACGCUUUGGUGCUGGAUCAAGCAAGACUGGAGCGCCCUGCGCAUCUACACCUACUAUCUUCCCAUAUGGAUCUGCAUCUUUCUUUCCGGUGUCAUCUACUUUUCAGUCGGCUAUCAUGUUUUCCAUCACCGCAAUCAGUUGCGAAACCUCACAUUCAGUCUCUAUGGCCGAGAUGGGAAGCACAUGCAACGAAAGGACGUUGACGUCUCCUUUUCCGACGAAACAAGGGAUUGCGGAGAAAAGUGUUCUCGGCACAAAACCGAGCGAUCCGAAGACUGGCAUGUCACAGCCGUGACCGAAGUGCAAAUCACAACAGCCAUCCCCUGUCCAACACCAGCACCACCACCACCAGCACCACCACCACCACCACCACCACCACCAGCACCGGCACCAGCACCGCCACGCCGCUCACCCACCGUCCCGGCCCCCUCCGUGCUGCAUCCAGCCCACUGCCCGAACCCACCAUCCUGGCACUCCAACGACGACAUGGAAGAAACCGCCAUCCCCCCGGCCGCCGCAGGCCACAGCUCCCGCUUCGAAACCAUGAUCUCCUCCCACCCGGCCCCCGAGCCCUCGCUCCCGCAGCGCGUCCGGACCGCCAUCGGCCACUUCAACGCGCGCCUGCGCGGCUUGGACCCGGUCAAGCUGGCGUACCUGCGCACGAGCUUCAUCUUCGCCAUCUCGAUCCUGAUCACCUGGACGCCGAGCUCCAUCAACCGCAUCAACGACCUCGUGAACCCGGACAAUGUCAGCUACGGCCUGAAUGUGGCCACCGCGAUUGUGCUGCCGCUGCAGGGGAUUUGGAAUGCCGUCAUCUUCUUCAUGACGAGCUGGGGCACGGUCCGGGAGGAGUAUAGGGAGUUUGUGGCCGGGCGGUUGCGGUUUUUCUCGGUGCAUCGGCAUGUCGACAUGUGCGAUUUGGGAGGCGCGGGGGGAGGGGCUGGAGGGGCAGCGGCAGGGGCGGGGGCAGAGGUUUCUCACUUUGAUCAGUGUGAGAGGUCAAAUGGAGACGAGACGCGUGAGGUUGAGCUCAGAGCACACAGCAGAGGCAGUCAUGAGAAUGAAAGACCUUCUGGUGGGUUUUUCUAGCUGGCGGUGCAUUGAUCUCAGGAGUACAGAUAUGUUGCCUGCUAUACUAGAACCAAAUAGUGGUUUAUGGUUGAGGAAAUCUGGAUCUGGGUUUCGGCAGACGCGCUUAGGACGUGGUUGCCUCCAAAUGCAACAUCUGUUCACAAACAGGAUUCAAGAGUCUAUCACACAUG